UUGCAUCAGCAUAAUGGACGUCGUCGUCGGCCCUACUGUUAGCAUAUGAUCAUUGUUCCUGAUGUGUUCUUUUGCGAAUAAAUCACGGGUUUUAAGUGUAGUAAUAGUAUUUAGAAUGCAUAUUAGAGAGCUUCAAGAAUCUUUGAAGCUUUCGAUGCCGUAUUAAUGGCACUAUGAACCUAGACUCAUUUGAAGCUGCGUUGUCUCGUACUGUAAACUUGAUAUCCAGCCUCAACACCGCUAACCUCAACUCCAAUCUUCAGCAAAUCGUUGAUAUCACAACACAUUUUGGAGCAGCAUCUGAACAACACAUUUACCACACAUACCUACAUCAGUUCCAGUGGAGUCUUCACAGUGUAGAGUCACGAGCUUCCUCAUCAAUUGCCAAAGAGAAAGAAAGCUUGAGCUUGAUAAGCAGUGAGAGCAGCCCUGGCCUACUGACCACUUUCCUUGCUAAGCUCAGCAAGCUCCUACCUCCUGCUAAAUUUGUUGCUGGUCUCAGCUUUGCAAUCCUUGCAUCACCACUCGUAAACAAAGCCCCAGCAGUUCGAGGACGUCAUUUACAGCCUUCAGCUCUGUGCUCGUUUGUGCCAUUCACUUGCUUGCUGCGCUCUGCCAUCAAACUCAGCCCUCUAUUGGAGGCCUGCCUUCUGCUGCGCCUCUUGUCUGAUGCCACGAAUCCUGACCACAGGACUGAGCUGAGCUCGCUUGUGUUGGCCCGUGUACCGGCCGUCCUUUCUCCUUAUUCUGGCCCACAAGCUGGCGGCGAAGACGAUCUCAGUGACGUUUGGAUAGAGUGCCUACACAGUCUCUUCAUAGGCCUCUUGGAAGGCUGCUCCUUGCCAAUUACCAAAGCUUCAUUACCUUCAACCCUCCCUGCCUGUCCAUCCUCAUCGACCCCGUCUUCUCUGUCGUCACAAUUAUCUCUCUCAUUUGGAGAUCAACUGUCUUCUGGGAACUCUGCUUCCCCGCUAUCGUUCCUACUACCGUCAUCUGUGCAGCAGCUUCCUGAAGUUGGCAGUGGCGUCACCAGCAUUGUUGUCCCCAGCGAUACCCUCAAGGGCCUCUUGCGAGUAGUCCAGGCCAAAUACCCACCUUCUGAAGCGCCUCUGGUGCUCACACCUCUAAUAUCUUCAGACAUUAGCUCCUUCAGAGGAGCCGUGCAUCAAUAUCCUUCGGCUGUUCUCAGUAAAUUCGUGAAUACGAGCUCAGACGGCCAGCUAUUCACAAAUAUGGCUGACUUGAUCUUGAGCGAGACACUGAUGGAGCAGGGGCCAUCUUGUAAUGCCACCAUUGAAGAUUGCCGCAAGAAUUUAGCCGCUCUGUCGCGCCCCGCCUUCACGGCCUCCAGCAUAGCCCGCUUCCUGGUCACUGCCACACGGGCGCACUACAAUGCACACGUCAGGCAUGACCAGGUUGGUCUUCACUUACCAUCAAAUCCUGCGUCUCUGUGGAGUGACAAGGACAAACUCGGACCAAACUCAAACAAUCCAGCAAGCAGGAGUGAGAACAGUUCAGGGAACAACUCCAGCAACCAAACUACCACAUGGAACAUGGACGUAGUGAUGCAGGUCAUUAUGGAGCUCGCUCCUGCUCCAAUAUCCGCCAAAGAAGUCAUCAUGAAGCUCGACGUGAAGAACUUCCAUGUGAUCGACCGUACGAGUCUCGGCAUGUUCGUCACCGCAACGCGUCGUCUGAGUGGAGCCUAUGCGCGAGCUGACCAAUAUCCAGUGGAUUGCUUGUAUCGCAAGUGGCAGAACGCAGAUGAGCAGCUCAGUCUCAUCAAUGCCAUGCUUUAUUGUCCUGAUCUCUUCUGCUUCUCUGAUUAUCCCUGCACGCCUGUUGUUGUCGAGAUGCUCAAAACCGUGCCUGAACUCGAAAACAAGGAGGUGGCAACUUGGAGGAGCUUGAAUCUUAUAGAACUGCUGCUGUCACUGGAAAACACGCAAUACUCGGCAGUAAAAGCGCUCUUCUCUCUAGCGCGACAAAAUUGUCCUGACGUAUUAUUACUUGGCUUGGUUCAGAGCAACACACUAAUGGGUGGCAUCAAAAGGGAAAUGAUAGCACAACUCAUGCCAGUUUUCCUGGAGCCUCACCCCAACACUGCUGCUGUGCUUCAGACUGCCUGGUUCACGCCCAAUAACAAGAAUGCUGUAAGACAGGUGAUGCUGCAAGCUCUGUCUGACUGGUACAUGGUGCAGGAGAGCGACCAGACGCGCCUCAGUCGGAUACUCGACGUCGCACAAGACCUAAAAGCUUUAUCGAUGCUCCUCAACGCUACGGCCUUCCCCUUCGUUAUAGACCUCGCUUGCUUGGCCUUCAGAAGGGAGUUCCUCAAGCUGGACAAGUGGCUUAAUGACAAAGUUCAGGAGCAUGGGGAAGCUUUCUUGAGCGCACUAGUUAAGUUUGUCCAGCAAAGAUGCCCUCAGCUUACUUGUGCUCCGGGCACGGCAGAUGAUGCUCCAAGCCCUCUGCCCAAAGCCUCUCAGCUGCCACACGAGACUCUCGUCACCAUCACUCAGUGUCUGGCUUCGUUUGUGAGAGUGGUUAUGAAUCCUGAAUUGUCGGAAAGCAUUCUGACGAUCAGCCAGAACAGCUCCCGCCUCGCGGCAUCUCGCCAGCGCACAAAUAUCCCGGGGCUGCUGGGCUUCCCCUCUCAGGACCCCCUGAGCGCCCUCUCGCCAGGACUGAAGGCGCUGUCCCUCGCUGGCGGCGGCGCUGGCGCAGCAGGUACCACCGCGGGAGCUCCUGCCACCUCAAUGUUCCCAGGGGCGUUGGGUUCGACUUCUUUGAACUCCGCUGCAAACCUCACAGGCUCGGCAGGUUUAGGCUCUGGUGGAGUGGGUCUCGCUGGCGCUCCUCCACCUGGAUCGCCGUCACGAGGUCCUCUGGGUGUUGGAGCUGCGGUGGCUGCUGGUGGUCCAUCACUUGUUAACAAUUCCCACUCGAGCGCAGUCGGAUCACAGCUCAUGCCUCAACACGGUCCUAUGGAUGUGUCGCAAAUUUUCGAACUACCCGCGAUGGUCAGCAAAGAUGUCGAGGAUGAAGCCAACAGUUUCUUCCAGCGCAUUUACAACAGCCCACCCAACUCAACUCUCUCCAUCAAAGAGGUCUUGGAACUAUUGAAGAAGUUCCACGAGUCCAGUGUUAAGAAAGAACGUGAAGUGUAUGCCUGCAUGCUGCGAAAUCUCUUUGAAGAGUACAAAUUUUUCCCCACGUAUCCUCAUCGUGAACUGUUCACCACAGCUAAACUCUUCGGGGGUAUCAUUGACCAAGGCUUAGUUGAGUUCAUGGCUCUAGGAGUGGCGCUGAGGUUCGUCAUGGAAGCUCUACAGAAGCCAUUAAACAGCAAGAUGUAUUUUUUCGGCAUCCUCGCUUUGGAUCGCUUUCGUUCUCGCCUCAAGGAGUAUCCACGAUACUGUUCCCACAUAAUGGCCAUCGACCACUUCAACAGCUUCCCACCGCACCUCGCUGAAUGGGUGCGUUAUGGGACGCAAGUAUCAGAGCCACCCACCCGCUCCAGCGGUCCAGUCCUCCCGCCAGAGUUUGAAGCUCUAGACAGCGGUGGCGGAGUUUCUGGAACUAUGUUCCACCAAGCUAAUUCUGCCGUCUUGCCUAAUAACUUGCUUCCUCCAGUUGCUCCUUCUCAUCCCUCCAUGUCCUCCCAACAUCGUCUCCUCACCGCAACAGGAUCGGGUGCUACGCCAGUCAAGUUGAACCCUCCUGUUGUGGGUAACGUCGGAGUGCCGCUAACGCGUCCCCAGUCGGUCGUUGCGGUUGGUAACAAACCCAGCAUUGCAACAACCAACAUCGAAACUCUGCUCGUCGCCUCUGAAGAAAAAACGAUCCCUCUGAGGCAGCCAACUGAGCAACAGAAUGAUAAAAUUGCUUUUAUCUUCAACAACUUGUCCCAGAUGAACUUGGCUCAGAAGAGUGAAGAGCUGCUUGAUGUUGUGUCUGAUGAUUGCUGGCCUUGGAUCGCUCAAUAUCUGGUCAUGAAAAGAGCUUCUAUCGAAGCAAACUUUCAUAAUCUUUACUCCAACUUUUUGGAUGCUCUCAAGCUCACUUCUUUCACCAAACUUGUUAUUGACGAAACGUUGCGCAAUAUCAAAGUUCUGUUCAAGCUUGAGAAAAAUUCUGCAAAUUUUUCGGACAAGUCUUUGCUUAAGAAUCUUGGACAUUGGCUUGGUUUGCUUACACUAGCAAAAAAUAAACCCAUUCUUCACAUUGACAUAAACUUCAAAUCCUUACUCAUCGAAGCAUAUCUGAAAGGAACACAGGAAAUGCAAUAUGUUGUGCCAUUUGUUACGAAAGUAUUGGAAUCUUGCGGAAAGAGUAAAGUUUUCAAACCGCCCAACCCAUGGACCAUGUCUUUGAUGAACAUUUUAGCGGAAAUCCAUGCUUUACAAGACAUGAAACUUCAUCUCAAGUUUGAAAUCGAAGUCCUGUGCAACAAACUUGAGAUAACCGUCGACAGUCUUAAACCAAAGACGGUACUGCAGGAAGCUACGUCAUUAAGCAUCCGGGAAUAUCAGCUCGGUCCGCAAAAUCCUCCGAAUUUCGGAGGGCACAUGUCAGUGACAACUCCAGGCGCUGUUGACGCCAUGAGCGAGGUCGCUGCUGUUCUCGCUCGCGGCAAACGCGCUGAGAGCACUCCACUUCUGCCCACCAUGCCUACAUUCCCUAACCAGAGUUUCCUCACUGGAACCAUCUCCGUGAGUGAAGGCGUAGGUAUUCCUUCUGGACAAGGUUCCUCAUCGGCAGGCGCCACGCCCACUCCGCAGACGGUAUUGUCUCAGGUUGGGAUGACUUGUACACAAGCUACCCCAGUGCCCUAUCACCUACACGCAGCGGGUCAAUUGGGUAGUGGAUCAGCUACCCCUGCUCCUAUUGUGGCCUUAAUGCCGGCGAGUGAUAAGACCUUUGCAUAUGCUGACAUAAAUGUCACGACUCUUCGGGGUUUGGAACAGCACAUUUCACUGAAUAAUAUUCCUCUUCUUGUCGAGUUAGGGAACCCUGCGCAGUUGAAAACUCUUGUUCGCGAAGCCAUUGAAAUUGCGGUUCAGGAGCUCCUCUCGGUUGUGAUGGAACGCAAUAUCAAGAUAGCCAUGUCUACAGCUGAGACCCUAGUUAAGAAAGACUUUGCUUUGGAUCCUGAUGAGACUCACCUUAGAGCUGCCGCUCACAUGAUGGUACGAUACCUAACCGCUUCGAUGGUGAUGAUCACGAGCAAAGACUAUCUUGCCUCUACCGUCUCAAAAAGCAUCCGGCAGAAACUCACGCCGACUUUCACUCGCGGCAACACGGUAGCCCAGGCUGCCCAAAUCGAGCAGUUGGCUAAUGCCAUAACAGUCGAAAAUAUGGCUAUUACUUGUGCAUUUAUUCAAAAAACUUCUGCGGAAAAGGCCGUGAUGGAGAUGGAGAAGCGACUCAAUCAAGAAUAUGAAGUUCGUAAGCUAGCUCGUGCUGAGAACAGGCAUUAUUGUGAUACAGCUGCACUCACUUAUCAGGCUGAAAGAAUGCCUGAACAGAUGCGCUUGAAAGUUGGUCGAGUGACUCAUCAGCAAAUGAGCGUAUAUGAAGAUUUUGGCCGUCACAUCCCUGGGUUCUCGCCCACUUCUGACCAAGAAGUGUCAACCACUUUGCUGCCGAAAGCAUUGACCGUCCCCUACGUUCUGGAAGAGUCACAAGCAUUCCUACUUCUGACCGAGCGCUUCGGUGUUGAUAUUGAACAAACCAUCCAGGCGUUCAAUACUGUCACGCCUGAUAGCCCUGUGGCUGUCAUGCUUCAUAACAUCCUAACUAUGCUCGGCCAUAUCCGCACCAACAGAGAAUUCAAUUCCAUUCCAAUUCUCCUUAAGAAAUGCAUGGAGCACUUGCUAGAGGGCACCAGGGAACUGCCCACGGAUCCGGAGCUUAAUCCGCUUGUUGUGAAAUUCCGGGACAUUCAUCUUCUGCUUCUCAAAACAAUUGCCGACCCACGAGUUUACGGAGUGCAGUGGACCACCAAAACUAUCACAAAAGUAUGGAAUGAAAUGCGAGACGACGUGAAACUCAAUGUUGAUGUGGUGGACUGGCUCCUCCGCUCAUCACUCUUCCACGUUCCAACUUUUGAUGAACUUCUUGCUAGAUCGAUUGAAGAACAGCGUAAUCUACUGCCUCUAUUUUUCGCCAUGCAGAUCGUUCAAGUCUACUUGGUUGAAGACAGCCAAGGAGUGCUGAGCGAGAGCGACUUACAACAAACACUUGAUCUCAUGAUACGUCUCUGCCAAACGCGUCACGCUCCUGACUCUCUUGUGGCCCUUCUUGAGGCUCUCAGAAUGAAGCACGAUUUGGCAAGCUCUGCAGGCGACAGAAACUCAGCUGCCGUAGUCGUUGCAAAUCAGCAGAAUCCUGUUGCUGUUCCUCUUGCGGCUCCCACUGCAGUUUCUGCUGCAAUGCCAACUGCUGCUGCCCUAGCCGCUGUUGUUGCAGCAAAUCAGCAACCAAAUACGAGCGUUACAAAUUUCACGUCCAGCAUGCACUUCCAGUCAGGCGUUAACCAAGCAAGAGACUUCAAUGACCCCGCAGGUCUUCAGGAUAAAACUGAAGUUCUUCUUAGAGAAUGGAUCAAUCUCUACCACGCACCAACAGCUGGACCAGGUUCAGCAACAGCAUUUACUCACUUCGUGAAACAAAUGAACCUACACGGUUUCCUCAAGACAGAUGAGCUAAUUACACGCUUCUUCCGUAACUGUGUCAGCUUUUGCAGAGAUGUCUGCAUUCGCAGCUUGAGUGAACAGCAACAGGCGCAGCAAUCAGCGAACGGUUCUCAAAUUCCCAGCACGACCAUUGCUGCUGUGAACAUCUCCCAGUACCGCAAUAAAUGUUUCCAACACGUCGAUCCUUUCGUGCGGCUUGUAGCGCUACUCAUCAAGCACAGUGGAGAGGCUAAUAAUCCAAGCACCAAGAUCAAUCUACUAAACAAAGUUUUGGGUCUUGUAUGCGGCAUUAUUUUCCAUGAUAUUGAAAGCAGCAACACGGAAUUCUACCAGCUUCCUUACCACCGCAUCCUCAUCAUGCUGUUCCUCGAGCUCAACGCUCCAGAGCCCGUGCUCGAGACCAUCAAUGUAUCGGUCUUGAUGGCUUUCACCCAAACUCUGCACCUCCUCCGGCCCUCAAAAUGCGCUGGGUUCGCUUACGCGUGGCUGGAGAUAGUGAGCCACCGCGUGUUCAUUGGACGCAUGCUGGCCAUCACGCCUCAGCCCAAAGGAUGGGCCAUGUAUUCCAUGCUCCUCAACGAUCUCUUCAAGUUUUUGGCUCCAUAUCUGCGCAAUGCACAACUCGCUAAGCCGCUUACCAAGCUCUACAAGGGAACUCUGCGAGUCCUGCUCGUAUUACUUCAUGACUUCCCGGAGUUCCUGUGCGAGUAUCACUACGACUUCUGUGAUGCCAUCCCGCCUAAUUGCAUCCAAAUGAGGAACCUAAUUCUUUCCGCGUUCCCGAGAAACAUGCGCCUCCCUGACCCCUUCACUCCCAAUCUCAAGGUGGACAUGCUUCCUGAGAUAGCCGUGAGCCCCAAGAUGCACUGCGACGUGUUCAGCUACAUCACGCCUGUUGAGCUGCGCUCCAACUUAGACUCGUAUCUCAAGAAUCGAACACCCGUUACCUUCCUAACUGAGCUUAGAGGAUAUCUACAAGCCUCUCCAAACUCGUCAUUGGGCACCAACCAGCCAGGCGACGACGGCAUGCGCUACAACAUCCAGAGCCUGAAUGCUCUCGUCGUCUACGUUGGCAUGCAAGCCAUUACACAAAUACAAUCAAAGGGCCAGACGCCAUCCAUGUCCACCAUUGCCCACUCAGCGCAUAUGGAUAUUUUCCAAAACUUGGCUGUCGACAUGGACACUGAAGGCCGUUAUUUGUUCUUGAAUGCCAUCGCCAACCAGCUGCGAUUCCCCAACAGCCACACACACUAUUUCAGCUGCACUCUCCUCUACCUCUUCGCAGAAGCCAACACAGAGGCCAUUCAAGAGCAGAUAACGCGGGUGUUGCUGGAGCGUUUGAUCGUUAAUCGACCACAUCCGUGGGGUCUUCUCAUCACUUUCAUCGAACUCAUCAAAAAUUCGACUUACAAGUUUUGGUCUCACGAGUUCGUAAAGUGUGCACCCGAGAUAGAGAAACUUUUCGAGAGCGUGGCGCGGUCUUGCAUGGUCAACAAGCUCGGGUCGUCAACAGUUGCAGGAGGACAGAGCGUCGACGCUUAAUCACCUUAACUGGAUGUUAAUUUGUGUGAACUUGUCAGAAAUUAAGUUUUCAUAAUUUAUACACCUGCCAUGAUCGUAAUCAUUGACGAAUACCGUGCAAGCUAAUUUUUGUCCAGGAAUCAAAUCCUGGAGUGUAUGUAAGCAUUGGAAGUGUCUUUCAUUAAGAUUCUUCCAUUAAUGGUGCUCACGCGAAAGUGUAUUUUAAAAUAAUUAGAUUUAUUCGUGUUUGGCUUAGUUUUCUCAAUUCUUUCAAGGCUUUGAAUACUAGGCUUGAUACGCGAAGUAACUUAACCGUCGGAUUGCCUGCCGUAUGAACUAAAUGUCAGACGUGAGACUCUCCGUUCAGUGGUGCAUACGCUCGGCAACUGCAAGUUCGUAGCUCGUUUGUAGCAGUGGGAAGCUCAUAUAUUUUUCCUUGUGCUGUCCUUAUUAGUUUCGUCGUUUGAAUAAAAUUAUGUGGUAGGUUUGAUUUUAGUUAUAAUGUCAUGGCAGAUGAAUUAAAUGAGCCCAACUUUGUUAGUGUAGUUUUUAGUUGGUUCUGUUAUGGGUCUAAUUACCUCAUAGCGAAAACUAUUAGUUCAUACCUCGGGUGGAGUUUAAGGAAGCUCCUCAGCUCGACUAAUGAACUUUUGCAUUUCUUACAACAAACUUUCACAUUUAUGCUUAACAAAAGGAGUAAUUUCUUUACAAAAUUUGAACUGCUUGUCAAGCGAAUGUAAGAGGCAUCACAUUAGCUGUAUGUUUUCCUUAUCUUAUUGUAAAUAGGCUUAAACAUGAAGUAUAUUUUCUAAUUUGCCCAUACGAUGUAUUGACACUUGUGAUGUACAGAUAAGCAAGGUGUUGUUGGCUAGUGGUAAUGUAGUUGCAGCGUGUAUAAACUGUACCAUGAAGUGCACUAACGUGCGUUUAGCAUUUGCUUAACUCGGGAAAGGAUUCGUGUAGAUCCUUGGAUCGUAUUCGUUUACGUGUGCACUCUCCGAACCAUCCGUUCCUCAUGAAUUGACGAGCAACAAAGAUGCGAAACGUUUGCGCAUUUAUAAAUGUCCUAUAGUUAAGUGUGAAGAACAUUUAGUCGGUCUAGAAUUUUUUUUUGCAAAUUAAUAUCAGUUCAAUUAGUUACUGGAUUGAGUUACUUUGCUUUUCAAUAUUUGAAGCAACCAUUUUGUG